CUCUGCUCCGCUCCGCCUGCAGGUGUUUCAGAAUCGUCCGCAAUGGAAGCAGUUAAGGACAUCACGGAGAUGACGGCCGUGGACCUGGGGGACCUGCUGGACGCCGGGGACGGCGCCGUGGUGACGCUGACGGCGGGCGACACGCGGCUGUUGGCGCACAGGGCCGUCCUGGCGGACAGGAGCCCUGUGUUCGCCGCCAUGUUCGCCCACGACACCCUCGAGGCCAGCAGCGGCGCGGUGAGCAUCCCGGACGUGGGGGGCCCGGUGCUCAGGCAGCUGGUCUCCUACCUGUACACCCUGCGGGCCCCCCAGCUGCCCGGCGCGGCCCCCCAGCUGCUGGCCGCAGCGGAUAAAUACGGGGUGUCGCGGCUGAAGGCGGAGUGCGAGCGGCAGGUGGCCGCUCAGCUGACCGUCGAGAACGCGGCGGCCGCGGCCGUCCUCGCAGUCCGCCACUCCUGCAGUGACCUCAGGCGAGCCGCCAUCGAAUUUAUUAAGGCACGCACCCACGAGGUGAUGGCCACUCAGGGGUGGGCAGAUGCGAUGCGGAAGCAGCCGGAAGACUUGGUCAAAGUGAGCCGGUUGCUGUACGAUCCACCACCACAAAGCAGCGCACCAGCCGUCACCGCCACUACCGCCACCGCCACCACCACCACUGACGCCACCACCGCCACCGCCACCGCCACCACUGCCAACGCACCCCGCCAGACACCUGCUGCAGAUGCACUUCCCACAUCUCCUCCAGCUGGAGAAGCCACUGUCUCUCGCAUGCGCCCACGAGCCGCUGCACAGCUGAGGCGCACCACCACCACCACCACCACCGCCGCCACCACCUCCACCACCACCACUGCCGGCACAACCCGCCAGACUCCUGCUGCUGCUGCUGCUGCACCGCCCACGACUCCUGCACCCGAUGACGCCACUGUCUCUCACUUGCGGAGCCUCUCUGCAGAGGAGAGGGGCAGGAGGCUGGUCCAGGCGGCUCAGGAGGGGGCAGUGGGGGAGCUGAGGGCGCUGAUCGCCGCAGGGGCCGACGUGGAGGCGAGGGAAGUGGCGGCUGCGCUGCUCGCCGCGGGUGCCGACAGGGGGGCCACAGCUCGUGGUGCUUGGGGGACAGCGCUGGACAUCGCCAGGUGGCGCAACCACAGGCGGCUGGUGGAGAUGCUGUCAUGA